UUCACGCAUACGUAAAACAGAUUGGUCGGCACUGUAAAGUGUUCGAGGAAGUAGGCGGUUAAUAGUAAUACGUCGGUACAUGAAUGAUGCGAGUACUGCUAAGAGCACCCGGUAUUUAUUUAAGCUCACUUUCAUUUUUUGUUUCAAGAAUCCAUUCACCUACUCUCCCCACUAUAACUGGAAAUUAUGACGAACGCAUUGUGCCGAACUGUCGAAGCUAUUGCGUCUUUAAGAAGAUUUAUUCAGUUAUGUCUUUCUGUGACAUAAGAAGAAAGACUUCUGGGAAUGAACAAAAACAAAAUGCUGUUGAUGUACCACUUGAUCGGCUCACAGUUACUUAUACCAGAAGCAGUGGACCUGGUGGCCAGCAUGUCAAUAAAGUGAAUUCAAAAACAGAAAUUCGAUUCCAUGUUGAAACAGCUGACUGGAUCCCAGAUGAUGUAAAACAAAGGAUAAUUGAAAAGCAUAAAAAUGACAUUAAUAAAUAUGGUGAAAUAAUUAUUAAAUCACAAAAAAGUCGGUACCAGGUGCAAAAUCUUCAUGAUUGUCUGCAGAAGAUCAAAGACAUAAUAGAAGAGUCUAGCAUAAAACCCAAGGAGCCAUGCAGAUACACUGUGCAACUCCACAAUAUCAGGUUACAGAAAAAAAGCCAAGAGAGACUAAAGCAAAAAAAACUGCAUUCGAUAAAGAAGCAAAGCAGAAGGGAGGAGCUGGACUGAAACUAAAACUAUGUGAAGACUUCAGAAAAUUCAAGAUACAUUAUUUAUUUCAAACAUUAAAUAUUUAGCAUACCAUUCAAUUUUUUUUACACAGUGUACACAUACUUUACCAUUUUUUGAUCAAUAUAUCUUGAAAAGAUGUAAAGCAUUUGUACCCAAACUAUUUGCCCACUGUAAUCACCCCCAGUAAUACAUCCACAAUGUCAAGCCCCACACUGAUUUGAGGCAGUUAGUUGUGUUACUUGUAAACAGAAUGGCACCCCCAAGCCUCUUCCAGAAGCUGAUCGCAGUGCACCUUUCUCAGAAGCACAUCUUCUUUCCAGGUAGUAGUCAGAGAUAAAGAUUUAGUCUGAUUAUGGACUCAUAAGAAAGGAUUGCAAAACAAUUUAAUUUCUGCCAGGGAAGACUGCAGGCUGGAUGCAGACAAAGAAAGAGUUGAAGAACAUACUGUAUGUAAUUUUUCUGAAGAGAAUAUUUUUAGUCAUUCAAAAAAUGUGUGAAUAGUUUUUACUUCCUCUUGUAAGUGGAGUCACUUUUUAACGACCUUUUUACAGUGUUCAUGCAAUCAUAACUAUAGUGUAGAUUGUAAUUUCAAUUCACUGUUAACAGCAGUGUAGUAUGAUUAAAAGCUACUUUGUACAUACUGUACUUAAGCAUACUCAAAUAAAAAUAAGGACAGUACUCAU